AUGCUAGUGGAGGAACACGGAGAUGCGGAAUGCGGAUGUUGUUUCGAAUUGUUAGUGGAACCGACAACAUUAGUCUGUGGUCACACGUUUUGUAAACACUGUCUGGCUAGAUGGACAGUCACUAGCGGAAAACGUCAGUGUCCAACCUGUAGAGUGCAAUGGAGAGGGUCACCAAAAGUUAACGUUUUGCUCAGAAAUUUGUUGGAGAAUACAUGGUCUCAAAAACUAGCAGAGCGAAUGCAAGAAGUCAACACCGAGGAGAAUCGCAAUGUCGUAUCAAAGUUUGACAAUAUCAAUACUUUUGCGACAACCCAGGAGAUGUUUCGAACCUUACAUAAUAGUGUCCAAGCUGGCAGAGCUGAUACAACUCAGAGCAAUCAAACAAGAUGCAAGUACUUUUCCUCUGGCAUCGCCUUAACAGUUCUGGUUUUCUGCACUUCGUCCUUUAUUUGGAAUCUCGGCAAGAGGGAUCUGAUUAGCACGCCGGUAAACCAAUGGAACACUGAUGAUACAGUUAAAUGGAUGGAUCAGCUUGGUCCAUGGGCUGGUCUCUACACAGACGAUAUAAAAAACAACGACAUAGAUGGCAAAUUUUUGUUAGUGAUGCAAGAAAAUGAUGUUAUCAAUACACUUCACAUGACCAAUGAGCUGCAUAGAAGAGUGUUUCUUCGUGAAAUAGACGAACUGAGAACCACUGGAACAAAACCGACAGGGAAUUUCUGGGAGUACAAGUCAAAAUACCCAGUCUUUACCUUCUUCUUGCUGUUUGGAUUCAAACUUUUCCCUCGGAUAACCAUAGGUUGCACCUACCUUUUUCAAUACCAGACAGUUUACAGCCCUUUCAUGAAGUAUGCCUGUCCUGAAUUAUCUGAAACUGGAAUGAAUGAAGCAACAGGCUUUUGGAGAGUGUUCUACACAUUGUUUCUGCCGUAUUGGGGUGUUGGAAGAUAUGUAUACGCUUGGUCGUCUGAGCACUACUACAUCAGCAGAUAUGUAAUUCUAGUCUGUGUCCUUGCAACCAUACAUGAUGUCAUGUGGUUCUUGUCAAUUGCCAUGAAAAAGUGGAUCAGAAAGGAUAUUGAGGACCAUGUUUGCCUUUACCGCAAUGUGGUCAUCGUGUUGCUACUGUCAGCAGUUCUACCGUGGUUUCUUUAUAACUUUCUGUUCUAUGACAACGUUGUAUCUUUGGUAUUGACUUAUCCUGCUAGUAUCUACGCUUUAUCGAGAAAACUCACAUGA